AUGCCCAUCACACAAUAUAAAGCGGCAGCUGUCACCUCUGAGCCUGCUUGGUUCGAUCUAGAGGCAGGAGUACAGAAAACCAUCAAUUUCAUCAAUGAUGCCGGACGAGCAGGAUGCAAGCUCGUUGCCUUUCCCGAAGUUUACGAUCCUGAUGUCACAGGUCUCUUGGUAGUCAUAUCAUUUACCACGUCGUUCAUCGUCACGAUAGCAGUCACCAUCUUUUCAUACUUGUCGCGCACACUCCCUCCCACUGUAUACAACGAUAUCGAUGAAUUGGCACUGUCUAGCCUUCCGAUCUCAAAGCUGAAGACAUGGACCGACCAGUCCUCGCGCACAAGGAAAUUGAAAGCCCUAGGCACACUCCUUACGAGUCUUAGCGACCAGCAUCUCGUAACUGGAUCGGCCCUGUUGAUUUCAUUUUGGAUCAUUUUUGCAAAUGCUAGUGGUACGGGGGAAAUCCGAUCUGUCUACUCCGUUCAAGUAGCCAUUUCGCUUGCAACUGUUUCCAGCGUGAUCCACCUAUCAUCACUUUCCGUACUCAAACACGUCUGGGAGGAUCACAGGCCCCUGAAGUUGCGUGUCUUAUUUAUAGCCCUGCUUCUCUCUCUCCUCCUCCCAGCUCGAGUCCUUACUAUUUGGGGAGCAUUCAACACGUAUGACAUUACCGUGUUCUGCGCCAGAAGCAAUCUCAACCAGGACGGCCCGGGAUCUGUUAGCGACAUCAUUUUUGAAAUCACAUAUGUCCUCUACCUAUACAGAUUUGCGUACCAAAGCAUAGCCCAUGAUGUUUUCCGCACACCUACAGUCAGGGACAUAUGUUCUCGAAGACAGUAUUGGAAACAACCCACGGAUGCGGACAUCAUACUGCUACAGCAGAUUCGAGACAACAAGAAUCGCAGCUCUUCAGAAGGUUUCUUGCAAUGGUACCGGCGAAUGGUGACAUCGAACCCCAGAUUGACGACCCGUGGUAGCUUGAAGAGGGUCCAUCUCCUGCUGGCGGGUAUCGGACAAUAUUUCCCACGCGCGAUCGCUCGUUCGUUUCUCUCAAAUGUAUUAUUCAUGUUAUUUCUUUCGAGCUACGGGUUGACAGAACUUUGGGUGAUCUAUACCGGAUGGCCAGAUGGUAGAGCAGUACGUGUCGAGGCUAGCUUCGGACAACUGAUGCCGAUAUUCCUGAUGGCUCUUUCCAUUUUUGCAAUUACUGAUGCUGCCACCGGACCUCCUGAAGCCCCACUAAUCUCCAGAGGAAAUUCACCACAUUUGCUUGAAGAUGGGCAUAACAACCUUCAAGCGAACCAAGAGAGUGUUCGGCAAGCUACUGGGGAGGUUGGCCGGUCGAACCUUAGUGAUAUCGAACUGACCAUACGCCACUCUUCCGAAAACGUGGAUCGCGCGGGUCAAAUAUGCAGCACCACCAACCCUCCCCCGGAUAUCUCUACCUGUUCACUUCAAAGCACUUUCAACUUUUUACAGAGCUCUCUUAAGGUAUGCACUGCUACAACUGCCCUAUACUCGAUAGCUAUAAGCAUUACAGCCGCUAUUAUCAAUUCCCAAGGAUAUGGUGACCUCAUUUACCUGCCUCUCUUGGCGGCGUUCGUGUGGCAAGCAUUGUGGCAAGAUGUUGUUAUUGGAGUUGUCCGGGGGACUGAAGAUAAGAGAGAGCUCCAACGGCAUGGCUAA